GUGCCGACCCGCUGCGUAGGUGAGUGAAUAGCUCUCAACGAUAUAUGAAACACAGGGCGCCCCGUCCUUUGAAACUAGAGUAGAAGGGGCGAGAGUAAGCUCGGACUCAGGCCAUAUUCAACGCCCAUUGUACGUGAAGAGCAAAAGGCUCCUUGCGUCUGGCCAGGGCCCGCAGCUCGUAGACAUUGUUGGAAAUUCUCCAGCGGCGCCCAUUCUAACCCUACCAACGAAGCUGCAAAGUUACUGGAAUCAAAUUUCGGAGCACAGCUGUGGCCGAAGAGAACCGACGUAGUGGAGCUGAAGUCAAUCUUGUAAGUUUCGGAGAGAGGAAGAGGGACCGAAUGGUGGUGGAGGUAAUGUCGGGUCCAGAGAUAUGGCGUUGAGAAGAGAGUUCGUCGGCGUUGACUGCGAAGGAACGAGAGAGAACGAGAGAUUCGGGAGCUAUGGCGCUGGUACAGAGAGCAGGCUCAUUUUGGAACGCCAGGCGAACUUGUGAAUUGUCUUCUCGCGGAUUAGCCUCUUACGUUUCGUACAAUUGCAAGGCGACGCCGCCCCGAGCGCGAGAGUGCAGCGCAUGCAUUCACACGGAGCCUGCUAAUGCUAAUACCAAUGCCAAUGUCAAGGCCCCAGCAGGGGGUGGGGGCGGCGGAUCCAAACACUUGAUUAGUGCGAAACAAAUUGAGCUGACAUUCGCCGAGCUGGAGCUCAAGCCCGUCCAGGAGCAGGUGGGAGGAUGUCGCAUCAGGCAGCAUGUAAACCCUUUGAAGGCCUCUCUCAUGGCGCCUGUGAAAACCCCAAACUGGGACGAGGUCUUCACAGAUUGCUCUCGGCCUCUCACGGUGGAUAUCGGAUGUGGAAGCGGCAGAUUCGUCAUGGUCCUCGCUAAGAGAAACUCUGCCGAGAAUUUUCUGGGCAUCGACGUCCGAGAGCGGCUGGUGGACCGAGCGAAACAGUGGGCUGAGGAGCUCGACCUUACCAACAUACAUUUCGUCACCACCAACGCCACCGUCCAUUUGGACACAUUGCUCGCCUCGUACCCUGGCCCUCUUGCAUAUGUGACAAUUCUGUGCCCGGAUCCUCACUUCAAGCAGAGGCACCACAAACGGAGGGUGGUGCAGAAACAGCUCGUGGACACCAUCAUUCGGCAUUUGGCCCCCAAAGGAAAACUUUUCAUCCAGUCUGACGUGAAAGAAGUAGCCAUUGACAUGAGAAAGCAAUUCGACGAGCAUUUAGGGUUGACCUUAGUAAGGAGCUCUUCUGCUCCCUGUGAUUCCGAAGGCUGGGUUGUAGACAAUCCUCUGGGACUGCCCAGUGAGCGAGAGGUUCACGUUCUAACUCAAGGCGGAAGGAUUUACAGAACUCUUUAUGAGCGAGCUUGAGCUUGAGCUUGAGCACAUUUUUAUGGAUUAGAGUCAGCGGCACAGGAUUGCCUCCUUUGUCAUUCUCUUCUCCAUCCCUGCCCCGUAGAAGCGUAGGGAUGCGACCUUAGUCUCAGUAGCUCGAACUUGGAUGCAGAUUCUUGAGGAUCUCUGUCUGGCCUUUUCCAAACGAUGGCAUUCCGGCAACUGUGAUUGUAACUCUUCCAAAUGUCUGAUACAUUUUGUGCCUCAAGUGAAUUUUCUUCCAGGCAGGACGUUCUUCGACCCAUGUCCAGUGGGAUUAACGAUGUCCCGCAGCACUACUUUGUGCAGCACAGUGAAGAAAGCAGCAGGAGCUGUGAUUUAUCGCCAAGAAGGUCACAAGUCGCGAAGGAUUGAGGUGGAUCGCUGCAACGGGGCGCAAAAAAAUUGACGGCAAAAGAAAAUUUCCUUGGUUUAGCACGAAAGGUCGUAAUUACUGUGGCCUGCGAGUUCUAGUGUUUGGCUGGAGGACGCUCCCUCAUUCAAUUCUGCAAACGAAUUCUGAUAUCCUGACCGCUCGUAGCACCAAUUUGAAUGGUCGAUUGCGGUUUGCACAAGCGGAGAGGAAGGAACACAUGCCCGCGUUUCCAUUCCACAUUUCUAACUGCUCAAGAUGCCCCGCCAGGUCGAGGUUGGGUUGUGCCCGGCUGUCAGAGGAAUUAAGUACGUUCACGGCCCGAAGUGUAUACGACAUUCAAGCUUCCGCUUGCCAGUGGGCUUCUGCGGCAGUUAAGUCAAGUCGGUAGACUGCCGACACCCAUGCUUCACUGUCACCGGGUCGAUACACGCAAGGUGUUGGCCUGUCGACCGUCUCCGAGGGCUCUCUGCAAGAUGAUUCUGAAGGUGUGUACCAAUCGGUCAGAUGAGGAAAGUCGGAAGGUGGCAUUCAGUCCCCACUGGACACUUUGGAUGAAUGUACUUAUCAACCAAGAUUAGUACUUAUGAAUUUCUGGGAGCAGAAAUUGUACUCCGAUGUACUAUGUAUGCACAGAAGAUUUCUCCAAGGUAGUGAAAAUUUGGAUGUACAUCGUGCUUCAGUACGUUUAAAUGCCAAAUAGUUUCUGAUAAUCUGAUGAAACCUGGACUCCUCUUCGCCGGGAUCUUUGACCCACGAUGAGUCUAACGAAGUUUUCCCUCGGCACUUGGAAUGUCAUUCUACAUGCUCAAUCUGCUUCUAGGUUUAAGACUGAUAAUGUUAUUUUUUCCUUUCUGUCAAAUCAUCAACACGUCGACGUUGUACAGCCAUGGCAUCUCAAGAAGGACUUUUAACGACUUCU